UUCCACACUCAACUCAACAGCGAGAGGAAAAUCACAAGGGUUCAGUUCCAGCAGCACUAUGACAGAUGGAGAUUAUGACUAUCUGAUCAAACUCCUGGCUUUGGGGGAUUCUGGAGUGGGCAAGACCACUUUCCUUUACCGCUACACUGAUAACAAGUUCAACCCCAAAUUUAUCACCACCGUGGGCAUCGAUUUCAGGGAAAAGAGAGUGGUGUACACCACAAACAGCCCCAAUGGAACAACAGGAAAGACCUUUAAAGUUCAUCUGCAGCUUUGGGACACAGCAGGACAGGAGAGGUUCAGGAGUUUAACGACAGCGUUCUUCAGGGAUGCGAUGGGAUUCCUGCUCAUGUUUGACCUCACGAGUCAACAGAGUUUCCUCAAUGUCAGAAACUGGAUGAGUCAGCUGCAGGCUAAUGCAUAUUGUGAGAAUCCAGAUAUUGUUCUUGUUGGAAAUAAAGCCGAUCUUGCCGACCAGAGAGAAGUACAGGAGAAACAAGCGAAAGAACUCGCAGAUAAAUACGGAAUUCCAUACUUUGAGACGAGUGCGGCCACCGGAGCGGAUGUGGACAAGGCCGUCGUCACGCUCCUGGACCUGGUGAUGAAGAGGAUGGAGCAGUGUGUAGAUAAACCCACGGCAGACGCACAGAACACAGACGACACCAGUAAACUGGACGCUGCGCCCGCCAACGAGAAGAAAUGUGCAUGUUAAAAAACCAGACUGUGCCCCUCUGUCUCCCUCUAGUGGACAGGUGCGAAAGUGCAGCCCGCGUGGCAGAUCUCAACGUGACACCGCCGGUCUCGUUCAGGUCUCGCACGUCUGUCCCGAACGUGUGGACUUUUUUAAUUUUGUGUUGGAGAGUUUUUAACGAUCUGUCACACCGCCUUGCGCUUAACAAAACCGCCUCUCACGAUCCCUUUAGAAAUGUAUCCAAGAAAGUAGCUUUUGGCAAAAAGAUAUAGAUCUUAGGUCAUAAAGACACUCUACACAAGUACACAAACACAGACAUGAAUGAUUGGCUGAAGCCAGGGCUGGAAUAGGAAUCGGUUCGGGGGGUGUUCGCUGCCCUAUUCUGCAUAACGUGGCGGCGGCUCAUUUUAGCUUAUCGCGCCCCAUUCGGCCCAUUUCGCGGCCGACUCACCGGCCUGCUCUGUUCUCCCGAUGGCCAGUCCGCCCCUGAUCGGCCCUGAAGCACGUCGACCCACCGGGAAAAUGCCCGGUAUGCCAGAUUACCAGUCCAGCCCUGGCUAAAGCAUAUAUAAACUAUAGAGUUACCGUCAAAUGUCUGCGCCAUUAAACUAGAUGUGCUAUUAUUCAGUUCGCUAGAUAAAAACCAACAGUUUAUUUAAUUUGCUCCACAAGAUUCUCUCCAAACUGUUGCUCUACCAUGAUAUAUAGUUUAUAUAGAAAACUCUAGAAGCAUUAGACUACACUAAUGCCCGCUAUAGUGCCCCUUGUGGCAAUACUGAGAAUCGCGUCAGAACACACCGACGAGAAAAUGUGUUUAUGAACUUGUGUAGAGUUUGUUUCAAGUUAUCCAA